CCUCCCGGCGGCGCGCAGCGGAGGCCGAGGCGGCUCGGGGUCCCCGCCUGGCCGUCCCCCCAGCCCCGCAGGGAGCCGCCGAGCGCAGCAGCGGCCGAGCGGGCGCGGCCCCCGGCAGCCCACCGAGCGCCCGGCCUCGCCCCGCGCAACCCAGGCGGCCCGAGCGCGCGACGCCGAAAUGCAGUCCCAACAGUAUGUGCAGCAGCGUCGAAAAUUUGCAGCUGCCUUCCUGGCAUUCAUUUUCAUCUUGGCAGCUGUGGACACUGCUGAAGCGGGAAAGAAAGAGAAGCCAGAAAAAAAAGUGAAGAAGUCUGACUGUGGAGAAUGGCAGUGGAGUGUGUGUGUGCCCACCAGUGGGGAUUGUGGCCUGGGCACCCGGGAGGGCACCCGGACUGGAGCUGAGUGUAAGCAAACCAUGAAGACCCAGAGAUGUAAGAUCCCCUGCAACUGGAAAAAGCAAUUUGGAGCGGAGUGCAAAUACCAGUUCCAGGCCUGGGGAGAAUGUGACCUGAAUACGGCCUUGAAGACCAGAACCGGAAGUCUGAAGCGAGCCCUCCACAAUGCCGACUGCCAGAAGACAGUCACCAUCUCCAAGCCUUGUGGCAAACUGACUAAGCCCAAACCUCAAGCAGAAUCCAAGAAGAAGAAAAAGGAAGGCAAGAAACAAGAGAAGAUGCUGGACUAAUAGACACCACCUUCUGAUGGAACGUGAGAAGGACAUCAGCAAGCAGGAUCAGUUAACUAUUGCAUUUAUACCUAUGUAGGCUUUUUAUUCAAAAAUUAUCUAUAGCUUAAGUACACAAUAGGCAGAAACAAAAAGAACAGAAAAAUUUUGUAGUAGCAUUUUUUUUUUAAUGUAUACCAUAGGACCACUAGGGACUUAUAAUAAAGGACUGUAAUCCUAUUUAGAAAGUUGACUUAUAGUACAUGCUAGAACAUUGAGGUAAGUUUUUUGAAGUUAUGUGAUAUUUUACAUUAAAAAUCGUUUUUUUUACAUGUUUUUCUUUUGGCAGCAAUUUACGUGUUAUGUAAACUACUAUUCUUGUUAGAUAAUUUUUUCACCUAGACUUUUUUCCCCAUUGAGAAAAAUAUAUACUAAACAAAGCAGCAAUAAAAUAUAAUCACCCUAUCUGAGGAAAUAUCUUUUUUUUCUGCCAAUGGAUUUAAAAAAAAAAAAAAAAAAACUUUAGUCAGCAAAAUGGGGGAGGGGGUGGAGCAUGCCCUAAUUCAAUGUUGAAUUUUUUUUUUUUUUUUUAAAGGAAAAGCAUUAAAAGUUCUUUCAUUUUGGCAGGGACAUUGUUUUCUUGAUGAAAUUAUUUUUCCUUCUGAGGAAAAAAAAGACUAGGAAAAUAAAUCAAGGUGAUGCUGAAAAA